AUGAAAAUUUUAUAUUUACAAAUAUUAAUUGUUGAAAGAAAACUUAAAUUGGCUUUUGAAUUGGGAAUUGAAUUAAUUAAAGAAAUUAAUAAUUUAAAAGAAGAAAAGGAGGAUGAUGAACUAAUAAAAUUUCCAGCACUUGUAAUUUCUCAGGAGCCAGUUUGGGUUCAACUUGAAAAUCAAAAACACACUUUUUUGUAUAUACAGUUACUUUUAUUUCAUAUUUGUUGGUUAUCUUUUACAAAAUGUCAACGUUCUUUAUCUGCUGAAAUGAAUGAAACUACAAGUUUUUUAUUUUUAACAAUGAUUUUGUUGGCACAAUCUUGUUGGAAAUAUUUUGGUUUUGGUAUUUUUGAACAAUUAAUUGAACAUUUGAAUAAUAAGGUAUUUUGA